AAGGGAGAUCGCGAGAGUGGCGGGUGCACAGUCGCGCACCGUCUAUCCGCCGGUACGGAGCCGGGAGCGGAGCGGAGCGGAACGGAACGGAACGCGCGAACGGCAGCGGCAGCGUUUCAUUCCAUCAUUCCAUUCGACGCCCGGCACCCGGCACCACCCGCGGGAAGCAACAGUUAUGCCCUCGAGAGCCGUCGCACCGUUGCGCUGCUGUUGAAUCGCUCGUCGUCGCGCGUGUGUGCCCGCGGAUCGUUGAUCGCCACGCGAUGGAGAUUUCCGCGAUCAUCGGCGGUACGUCGCUACUUUCGGGCCCGUGUCGUUGAGGUUUGGCGUCUGAAGUUUGGCGCUUACGACGAUUCAAAUCUCAGUACGUAUGGCGUAUGGCUUACCCUAUGGCAUGGCAUCGCGGAACUUCGCACUGUGCGUUCUUAUUGUCGCCUUCCUGCGCUCCAGUCUCGGACAAACGCCCAAGUCCGAGGUCCUGCCCGAAUUUCUGGCGCUCUUGGAAAAUCACACGGUCACUCAAGGUCGCGACGUCUCCUUCACCUGCGUCGUUAAUCAUCUCCAGUCUUACAAGGUCGCCUGGAUAAAGUCGGAUUCGCGUGCGAUUUUGGCCAUUCACACGCACAUGGUGGCGCACAACCCACGCUUGUCCGUCACUCACAACGGCCAUAACACAUGGAAGCUGCACGUGACUAACGUUCAGCCGAACGACUCCGGCACGUACAUGUGUCAAGUUAAUACGGAUCCUAUGAGGAGCCAGACUGGCUAUAUGAAGGUCGUGAUACCGCCCGAUAUCAUGGACCUAGACAAUACCGCGGAUAUGCUGACCACUAAGGAAAACGGCGAUCUGCUGUUGCGGUGUCGAGCAACCGGCAAUCCAGAACCGGUAGUGAUCUGGCGACGGGAAGAUGGCCGGAACAUCACGCUGAGGAAUGAGAACAGCGUUAAACGAACAGCGCGUACGUUUGAGGGCGAACAACUUCAUCUGCGGGGCAUUCAACGACAGGAGAUGGGAUCUUAUCUCUGUAUCGCGUCGAACGGAGUACCGCCGUCGGUCAGCAAGAGAUAUUACGUCAAUGUCCGUUUCAAACCGCUGAUUAAAGUCUCAAACCAGUUAGUAGCGGCACCCGUCGACAGCGACGUUCUCCUCCAGUGCUACGUGGAGUCCUCGCCGAAGGCUCUGAACACAUGGUACAGAAAUAAUGGAAUCAAAAUACUGGAAGGUGAGAAGCACGGCAUAUCGGAAGCCAUCAUCAACGACUAUGCAUAUCAGCUAAAUCUUACUGUCAAACGGCUUGACAAAUCUGAUUUCGGCACUUACACGUGCUCCGCUGAAAAUGCUUUUGGAAAAACGGAAGGGUCUAUAAGACUGCAAGAGCUGCAGAUAUCCAAACCAACGACAAUCUCCACGCGAAAUACCGAGAGCACCGAGAAGCAUACCUGGCGGAAGCAGACGGAGAAGAAGGGGAAGAAACAUUCGUAUGUGCUCGAGGGGAAAACGGAAUCUGAUCUGAUUCCGAAGAAUGUGGGUCAUACCACGCCAAUGUCCAAGCGGAAUUCGUCUAAUUCAUUACCGAAUAUCGCAAAUAAGUCAAGGAUCUCUGUACUUCCGGCACCGGCACCGGCCCCGGCGCACUCGGCGCCGACGCAAUUGAAUACCCAGAAUGGCGUUAAAUCAUUACGCGAUUCGCGAUUAUGUCAUGUUGGCCUCGCUGUGAUCGUUUUAGUGAUUUUAACUCAUGAUUGAAAUGGAGAUCAAAACUCUCCGCGACGACGAGGUCGUUUAAUUAUAACGAAAUCGAAUCGUUUAUCGUGAUUUUUAUCGUUGAAAGACACACAAGUGGAAUUGCGUGUAAUCGAUAUUAAAAUAAUUUUUGCCAUAAAAAAUAAUUUUUUGCCAUAUUUUCAUUUAGGUGUCAAAAGAACGAGAUGGAGAUGCGAGAACAUUGGUAUUUUGCUGUAUAUAAUGAAACAUUUUUAUGACAAUAAAUGUAGUUAUGUCUGAAAAGUAAAUGAGAUCAAGAAAAAGUAUCUGGACAGGUAGAUGAUCACGCUUUUAACUACCAGCAUUAUACAGAGUGCAUUCCAGAUGUGUAUUUCCUGAUAUUGAUUUUUCACAAAGUGAUAAAUUGACGUGCAAUAUAUUGUUCUUCUGUUUUGAUAAAAGAACACCAUUUUACCAUAUUUUCAAAUUGUAGGCAUUACUAAGCAUAAGAAUUAGAAGAGUCACUUCAAUUAUUUCGUGUAAUUACUGCCUGGUUAAUAGAUAAGCGUAUACAUUGGCAUAUUAAAGAGGGGUCCAUUAAAAAAACCAACUGAAUUUGGUAUUUGUUGUUCUUUAGAAACUGACUGAAUUAAAUUCAUUCGUCUCUAGGAACAGCCAUAUUUAACUCUAAUGAGAAUUGUGACAUGUAUAUAUGUAUGACAAUAAAUGUUGUUUCUACUAUCA